CACGCGCCGGUGGCAGCGAGGCGGUGGUGUAGAGCGAGCGCGGCCGUUACCCGCCCCGAGGUGCUGAGGGGGCGGCGGUGGCGGUGGUGUCGGAAGGGGUCCAUGGCCGCGUCGGAUCGCAUGGUGCUGGGGCCGCUGGUGGGCUCCAUCGAUCAGGGCACCAGUUCCAGCCGCUUCCUGGUAUUUAAUGCAAAAACAGCAGAGCUUCUGAGUCACCAUCAAGUUGAGAUACAGCAGAAAUUCCCUAAGGAAGGAUGGGUGGAACAAGAUCCAAAGGAAAUCUUAAAGUCAGUCCAUGAAUGUGUGGAAAGAACCUGUGAGAAACUGCAGCAACUGAACAUAGACGUCACUAACAUAAAAGCCAUUGGAGUUAGCAACCAGAGGGAAACAACAGUGGUUUGGGACAAGACGACUGGAGAACCUCUUUAUAACGCUAUUGUGUGGCUUGACCUAAGAACUCAGUCAACAGUUGAAAGGCUUCUUAAGAGAAUUCCUGGAAAUAACAAAUCCUUUUUUAAGUUUAGGACUGGUCUUCCACUUAGCACCUACUUCAGUGCAGUGAAACUUCGGUGGCUUUUGGAUAAUGUGGAAGAGAUUAGGCAAGCAGUUGAUGAUGGAAGAGCAAUGUUUGGAACUAUUGAUUCGUGGCUUAUAUGGUGUUUGACGGGUGGGAAGAAUGGAGGUGUUCACUGUACAGAUGUAACUAAUGCCAGUAGAACGAUGUUGUUCAACAUUCAUUCCUUGGACUGGGAUCCUGAGCUCUGCCAAUUCUUUGAUAUUCCUAUGGAAAUACUUCCAAAAGUACGAAGCUCAUCUGAGAUUUAUGGCCUGAUGAAAAUCUGUCCUAGCCUGAAAUCUGGAGCUUUGACAGGUGUACCAAUUUCUGGGUGCUUGGGUGACCAGUCUGCUGCUCUUGUUGGGCAAAUGUGCUUCCAAGAUGGGCAGGCAAAAAACACGUAUGGGACAGGAUGUUUCUUGCUGUGCAAUACAGGUCAGAAGUCCGUGUUUUCUGACCAUGGUCUUCUAACCACGAUAGCUUACAAACUGGGCAGAGACAAACCUGUUUGUUACGCAUUAGAAGGAUCUGUUGCAAUAGCUGGUGCCGUUGUUCGUUGGCUGAGGGACAAUCUAGGUAUUGUUAAAACUUCACAGGAAGUUGAAAAACUGGCUGCAGAAGCGGGAACUUCUUAUGGCUGCUACUUUGUGCCAGCAUUUUCAGGACUGUAUGCACCUUACUGGGAACCCAGUGCAAGGGGCAUUAUCUGUGGCCUUACCCAGUUUACAAACAAAAACCACAUUGCCUUUGCUGCACUAGAAGCAGUCUGCUUCCAAACACGAGAGAUUUUAGAUGCAAUGAACAAGGACUGUGGGAUACCAUUAAGUCAGUUGCAAGUAGAUGGAGGAAUGACCAAUAACAAAGUUCUCAUGCAACUCCAGUCAGACAUCCUCUGUAUUCCAGUAGUGAAGCCAUCAAUGCCUGAAACAACAGCUCUAGGAGCUGCUAUGGCAGCAGGAGCUGCAGAAGGAGUUGGAAUUUGGAGUCUGAAUCCUGGAGAUUUGACAGCAGUGACGUGUGAACGAUUUGAACCACAGAUCAACCCAGAGGAAAGUGAAUAUCGCUAUGCCAGAUGGAAGAAAGCUGUGAUGAAAUCUAUGGACUGGGAAACAUCUGAAGCUCCUUCAAAUGGUGACACUAGUAUCUUCUGUAGUCUGCCUUUGGGUUUUUUUAUUAUGAGUAGCAUGAUAAUGUUAAUCGGAGCAAAGUUCGUCUCAGAACUGCAACACAGUCAUCAGUAUAAUAAGUUUGAGGAUUGAAUCUACUGAGGAUUGAAUUCAUCCUUCAUGUGCUGAAACAGCAGUACAGAUAAAUGAGACUGCUUAAUGGACUCUCUGGAUGCAGCUGAAUUGUUUAUUUGUUUGUUUCAUUUUGUUUCCUUGUCUGAAGAGAUUCCACUACCAGUGUGAUGAUACUACUUAUGUGACUAAAUUCAUUCAUGAAUAUAUCUGUUGUCAGUCCUUGAGCAACCUCUAAGUGGUACAUUGAAACUUAAGUCUUUAGCCCAUCACUUCUCUGCUCCCUUCCCAAUCAACUCCAACUGCACUGGAGGCCUUUGUGUGGACUAUCUCAUAUCACCCUUUCAAAUUUCACAAGCCCUAGCAUUGUUUGAGAAAGUUGGUAUAAAAAACCCUGCAACUUCAUAGGUAAUAUUUCAAAUGUUUAGCUAAAAUUUUCAGAGUUUUGGUACUUUAUACAACAAACUGCAAAAAGUGAAUGGUGCACUAUAGGACUUUGUAAAGGUCUUACUGUUCUUCCAGCUGCUGUGAAUUAUCUAUCAUCUAUCUGUGGUUGCCAAAGAUGUUUUGUUUUAGUUGCCUCUGUUCUGAAACACCCUCAACGGUAGAAGUUCUUCGAACACUAGCUCAAAAUGUAUUGACAACAAGAAACAUUGCCACUGGUUUGGCAAUGAAAAGCUUACUGAUAUGACAAACAGAGCACUAUUGAAUUGAUCAAUCAGAAAGUUUGAAAGUUUGGUUUGGCUUCUGGGAAUUGUAGUCAAGUUGCCUAUUAUAAGUGUUUAAGACACUAAGUCCUGCAACUGUACAUUUAAAGAAGUAGGAGUAAGUAGAUGUUUUGGUUAAGGUCAUGCUUCUUGUUCUCAGCCUUUUGUGUUUGAUCUGAAAGACAAACAUUUGCCUGAAAGACAAAUCUGAAAUACAGCACGCUAUUCACAGGACAGAUCUUUAGUUCUCAGUAACUGAUAACUCUUAAAACUACUCUGUACAAUAUGCUUUUCUUGACCAAUACUGUAUAUAUUCUGUUGUCCAAUUUAAGGGUAUUUUUAGUGAUUAUUUGUUAAACUUUUGAAAGUUGAAGCUAACGUAGUUUUCCUUAAAGAGGGUCCACUCCAAAUUAAAUAUCAGUGAUUAGUUGUUGUUCUCAUUUAGUAUAUCUCAGGGACCAAUAUCUCCCUCUCAUAUUCCAUGUCUGUGGUUUUAACAGCAAAUUGUCACAAAAUUUGCAGAGACAACCCAAAACCCUGGCUUUGGGAUAGAAAACACUUGGCACCUGAAACUGGCCUUUGGAGUUUGCAGGCAGCAGGAGCGAAAAAUGAGUUGCGUCCACUUGGAAAACUUUAAAUCCUCCUCAGGUAAAGGAGUGAGGCAAUAAUCUUCAGCUUUCAUGUCUGUACCAACAGCAUGAUAAAUGCCAGCCUUACUGGAUAGGCCAGAGAAAAAGCGUUCUUGUGUAGUGUCAACUGGAUUGGUUUAGAAUGAGAGCAAAGUUCAAUGUGGGAACAACGUGGAGAAUUUCAAAACAGAGAUCUGUUUCAAUGCACUAGGAGUUAAAGGGAGUGUAUAAGUGUGUGUGUAUGUGUUCUUAGGAAUUUUUGUCUUUGAAAAAAUGCUCUUUAAAAAGUUUUUCUUCAGUAAAUUACAACUAGGAGCUUAGCUUUAAAAAAAAAUGUUAAGUAUGUGUGUGUCUGAAGCAAUGGAUUGCACAGAAUUUUAGGUCUGUACAAUAUAUUUAAUAUCAAAUGCAUAUUAAUUGCCUUUUUGUUAUCAAGUGCAAUGACCUUUGAAAAUGUGAUUUUUAAUUCAGUUAGAGGAGGAACAUUUUUCCUCCUCUGGUUGCAUUGGGUUUUUGUGCACAGGUGAAAAUAAAAUACCAACAUUGAAAUCCCUCAUCUUUUGUAAGUACUCAAAUGUGAGGUGUAGAAACUGAAACUUCUGGGUUUUCCAGUUUGUGCUGGGGAGGUGAAGAAAGAGUGGAGAGUGGACAUGAAUCCAUAGGAAAGUCGUUAUACUUACCUUUCUCUGAGCUGUCACUGAUUCGGUCUUGCACCAAAGAACAGGAAUAAAAGCAACCUUUGGAGCACACAGGGUGAGGACAAAACACGUUUCAAACACUGGACUUCUGAGUAUGACUUCUUGCCAAAAACACUGAACGUGGCAAUGAUUAAUACUGAAGUAUUGCCUUUGCCAGUGAUGUCUCUGGCAGGGAGAAAGAUGGCACAUAAUAAGUAGAAGGAGGAUUUUUUGCUGCUUUUCUGAUGUAUCCUUUACUGGGAAACAUAAUUCCUAUUACUUUUUCACUGAGUAAAUAUCAUAAUUUUAUUUUCAAUUGCUGUUGCAAAUAUUUUUUAAGAAUUUCACACCGCUGUUAACUUUCUACCUACAGUUGAAUUAUAUUGUAAAUUGUGUGUUGGGGGUUUGGGGAGCAAACUGUUGAAAGUUAGCUUUUUGUGAAGCUGUGAUUUAUUUUUUUCUAUAAAUUGCCAGAUUUAUAAAUUCUUACUUGAGAAAUGCAUUUACUUGGUAUUAAAAUACCAUAAAUAAAUUGUUCUGAACUGUCA